UAAUCCGAUUUUCUUCUGUGAUCACACUAUGUCACAAAGAGUAGCUGCUGAGAAUUUGCCAAUUGUGAGAGAAGGCUCAUCGACGGUGAAGAAUCUUGUGGUGGUGAGAGAGUACCAUGAAGAAAGAGAUAAGAUGGCGGUGGAGGAAAUGGAGAAGCGAUGUGAAGUUGGCCAACGGGGAAAACCAUCGUUGGUUACUGAUCUCUUGGGUGAUCCAAUAUGUCGUGUUCGCCAUUUUCCAUUUCAUGUUAUGCUGGUUGCAGAAUAUGGGGAAGGAAGAGAAAUAGUAGGAGUGAUAAGAGCUUGUAUAAAGACAGUGUCUGCAGCUAAUACCAUUAAGAAUGUGGCUUACAUUUUGGGUCUCAGGGUCUCCUCGGCUCAUAGGAGGUUCGGUAUAGGCACCAAGCUAGUUCAAAAAAUAGAAGAAUGGUGCAAGCAAAAGGGGGCAGAGUAUGCAUACAUGGCCACAAAUUGCACCAAUGAACCUUCAAUCAAUUUAUUCACAAGAAAAUGUUCCUAUACAAAAUUUCGUACCCUUUCAAUAUUGGUGCAACCGGUUCAUGCCCAUUACAAGACAAUAAAUUCUAGGGUUGCUAUCGUCCGGCUAACUCCGAAACUCGCCGAAAUGAUUUAUCAUAGAGUUUUCACAACUAGAGCAGAAUUCUUCCCUAAAGAUAUUGACACAAUUUUGUCUAGUAAGUUCAAUUUAGGCACGUUUAUGGCCAUGCCCAAAAAAUUUCUCCCUCAAUGGGACUCUAAAACAGGAAAUCUUCCAUCAAAUUUUGCAAUCCUGAGUGUUUGGAAUACAAAGGAAGUGUUCAGAUUGCAAGUCAAAGGAGUUUCAAAGUUCAAGUAUGCAUGCUGUGCGGGUUCCAGGUUGUUGGAUUCUUGGCUGCCAUGGCUGAGGUUGCCUUCUUUUCCUGAUGUUUUCCGACAAUUUGGUAUCUAUUUCUUGCAUGGUAUAUAUAAAGAAGGUAACUGUAGUUCGCGGCUAUUGAAGGCUCUGUGUGCCUUCGCUCAUAAUAUGGGUAGAGAUGAUGAUGGAUGUGGAGCUGUUGUGGCUGAAGUGGGCCACUUGGAUCCUGUUAGAGAUGUGAUCCCACAUUGGAGGAAGUUUUCUUGGGCAGAAGAUUUGUGGUGUAUCAAGAAGAUUAGUGAUGAGAAGUAUAAUAUCGAUGGAAGUUGUGAACCGUUAGAUUGGAUGAAAUCUAGGCCAAUUAUUUUUGUUGAUCCACGUGAUUUUUGACUAUCACGUGUUACUCUAUGUACUUGAAACAAAAAAAAUAUUAAUAGUCAAUUUUAAUACAAAUUUUCUUGAAAAAA